AUGAGUAAAUCAUUAUAUAACAGUGUUGAUUCUGUGGGAGAAGCAUUUAGACCUUUCGUUUCUUUAAUAGCCACGGCAAAAACUAUAAUACAACAAAUUGAGAAUAUUUAUGAGAAUGCACAAUAUAAUAAGAGAAUUUGUAAUGUAUUUUUGGAUCGUGUAGAUGCUGCUCCAGCUUACAUUAAAAAACUAGAACGUAAAAAAGAAGAAAAUGAACACCUUUUUCGUGAUGGAAAUUAUCAAAAUCAUUUUUUACGUUUUACCACUGUGUUAUUCGAGAUAAGAACAUUUCUUAAGGAUAUUACUCAUCUUUAUGGAUGCAGUAAAUAUAGUUCAGCAAAAAAUUUCAAAGAGAUGUUUGAAAAACUUACUCGAGAUAUUGAUAAUGUUAUGAGAAAUUUAGAGUUUAAAACGACUGUUGCUCCUGAGGAGCAAAAACGAAUUGAUCAACGAAGUCUAGAAGAGGAUUAUGAAGAAAUGGAAAAGGUUAAAAAUUAUUUAUACGCAUAUUAUAAUCAAUAUACUCUUGAUUAUCAUUAA